GUAUCCGCCUUGCUUCUUCCUCUUCUCUUCUCAAUGUAUUCACUUUCAUUUCAUGUUCCUCGGAGCUGAGACACAUGCUAGUCUUAUGCGAUGAAUCUCAUUAUACAGGGGUCAUAUGAGCUGGUUCAACGAGCAGCGAAUCCUGUCACAGUGGCUCUCAAGAGCUCAAAAGGGUCCGCUGCUCUGUCUCGUGCUAAACUUGUUAUUGCACAACUUGUUUCCUUUACACAUAGUUCGCGACUUGGCGCUCUGGUGGUACUAAUGAAUGAGUCGCAGCAAGGUGAGUAAGGGCAUCUAUCAGUCGUGAUCCCCCCUACACGUUGUUUGCGCAUGGCUGAUGAUGAUCUAUCCAGACCGUUGGUCACAACCCUGGAGGGGUUGGAGCUCGAGGAACAUGUUCCCAUGUCUGUUCUGGCCCAUAUUCCAAUGUUGCCUAGACAAUAUCCAGUAAACGAGUCGGCAAAUCGGUACAAAGAUCUGCUUUACGUCUCUAUGGGGCCAACAUGAAGCACACUCACGAUCGGUCCUAGAGUCUAGACCAUCUGGCUUUUUUCGUGUCCUUUUACUUGCCACUUUUGCUUUGUGCUCUAGAUUCCAUGUGAUUCGUCCUGAAUUUCCUGCGAGAUCCAGGUGCUGAUCAAGCCACUCACGAUAGAUCCUCCACAGAAACACGCUGCAUAUGCAUGUCUGGCGGAGAUACCUGCAGGAUACCUGUAUUCUUCCCAAGUGGCUAGCGCUGCAUCGUCAUAAGACCUUCGCCCUCCGCCACCCUCAAAACCCCUUCUUCCUCCCUCUGGCUAUCGUGUACUCGUUUUGCUAACAUUCCCGCUAUCAUUUAACACUAAGUAAUGCCAAUGUCUACGAUAACCGCCCUGUCCUCGGGCUCUUCCUCAAGUCGUGUGUCUGAUGGCCUCCCGUUCCCAAGGAAUAUGUCGGAUUUCGAGGUUGAGACACCGACAAAAAUGCACGCUACUCCUCCCAAAAUGAGAAGACGCAGGGUUUCUUCAGAUUACGAUAGCGAGGUAGCAUACCGAAACAGAGUGGCACGGUUAAUUGCUGCAAAAGCUCGACCCAUUACGGCUUCUGGCAGGAUACCAGUAGAUCCUGCGAGUCUUACUCUUUUCUUCCGGUCAAAAAGCGGAAUCACGCACUCUUUGGACUUUCCUGUGGAUAUCGACGAGGAUAUGCCACCGGCUCUCGAUGUCCUAAUAUCCUCGUGUAGACCGCAUUCGCCAUCUGGCUUGGAGGACUUCUCAGAACAUGAAUCGCUUUUUUAUCCCUCAAAUCUUCCCCUUACGGCCACUCUCGAGAUUGCCAACCAUCCUAUUCUUGAUGCCGUACGGAACACGCUGUUUCCUACAUUGCCCAUUGGCCAUUAUCUGACUGCUAUGCGAGACAAACUCGAAAUUUGGCUUGCUGGUGGUGGUAUGAAACCUCUACCUCAUCCUAACGACAGUCGGGUAGCAACCAUUUUCGUCACAUUGCCAGUGCGUUUCAGAGGUGGCGCACUUGUUGUCCGCAGUAUGGACGGUACCGAGGAACGGUUCCAUGGUCGUGGUGGGAAAGCGGGUGAUAUGGAAUGGACUGCUUUCAUGGCUGACUGCGACCAUGAAAUCCAGCCAGUGUUGAAGGGUUGCCGUGUUACUAUUUCUUAUGCCGUGCACCUUCGUACAUUUGGCACUGCUCAAAUCAACCCUGAUCCGCUCAUCUCGCCGAGUGACCAAUUCUUGGAUAUGGUCUCUCCAAUUCUGAACAUGUCGCGAGGGCGUAGGAUCGCAUUCUAUCUCUCGGCGGACUAUGGCGUAAAUCCCGCAGAGGUUCUGGCUGAAUCCCUUGUCCCUCAUCUCAAGGGUGGCGAUUCGGUUCUAUAUCAUGCACUAAAGCUCUACAAACUUGCUCCAGAGCUCCGUUGGAGUGCGGGAGGUUACCUUUGGGGAGUGGACCAGGUCGUAGACCUCAUGUCCGACUUGGAUGAUGGCACUGCUUCUGGUACACCCCGCGCACCAUUUGCUAUUGUAAACGGGUCAUCGCCACUCAGACGCACCAUGAGCAAUGCUUCGGAUGACACUGCUGUAGAAGACAUGCGUACAAAGGUCGAGAAAAGUGGUGCAGUUACUCUCGCUGAAGCUGAAGUCAUCGUUCUCUCGGAUACCACAUUGGCGGGUGCCAUCACCAAGGAACGUGUUCCUUUCGUGCAAGGCAACGAGCUGGAGAAACUAGUAAUCAAUAUACUGAUGGUGGUAUACGUACCAUGAGCAACAGCACGUUUGAUUCGUUAUUUGUACUUUUGCCUUCACUUGUCCCCGGCCGAUCGCUUGCUUUCGUUGCUGUUAUAUUCGAACUAAUGAAGGACAUGUAUCACACGAUCUCGAUGAAGUUGUACACUACUUAGUAAUCGAUUCCAGUUCCCACGUCUUUCUAUCUUGGUUCUAGUGUACAGUGGAAAGGUGUCUAAGUUAUCAUAUACCCCCUUGUAUCACUGUUUGGGUUUUGUUUGAAUGUUAUUCACGUCUUUUGCAUUGACUGCUACUGACGAACUUAGAAUUUCAGAGCGUAACGCAUGUGUCAUGAU